UUUGAGCAUGAACGUCUAAGAAAUCAACAAGAGGUUGAGGACUGGGGACUUUGCACCUCAAUAACAUUUGCUCUGACACAACUCCCUACGCCUCUAACAGUACUUACCACUCCAACUUCAAUACCCUCCUCUUUUCUCUCUCCUCCAACUCCAACAACGCCUACCGCAACGCCGCCGUUGGCCGGAGCCCCAACGCCUUUUACGGCCUCUACUUUUGCGGAGGCGAUGUCACCCACGAUAUAGCAAUUGCGUUAAGGCCGCUUCUCAGAAGAUUGCCGAGCAAUGUCCCGACCAGAAAGUCGGAUACAUUUCGUACGACGAGUGUAUGUUGCGCUACUCCAAUGACUCCUUCUUCUCCACCAUCACAGAAUCCCAUGGGUUCAAUAAGGCGAACCCACAGAGCCUCUUCAAUGUGACUCGGUUUGAUCAGCUUGUGGAAGAUAAUAUGAAGAAGGCCACCACUGCAGCUGCUUCCGAUUCAAAGAGAUUCGCAACUCAAGAAGCUACUUUCACGCAAUUUCAGAAUCUGUAUUGUCUGGCGCAGUGCAGCCCUGAUUUAUCAGGGAACGACUGUAACAGCUGCCUCGUGGGUGCCAUUGCUGAUCUCCCGAAUUGCUCUAGCGGCAAGCAAGGUGGAAGGGUUCUCAAUCCAAGUUGUAAUAUUAGGUAUGAGUUGUACCUUUUCUACCAGGUUACAGCUUUGGCAUCGUCUCCUUCCCCUGCUCUUCUACCCCUCACCCUCCAAAUAACAGCACUACCAGUCCAGGUAGGCUACUUGAGUUUUUAAAUUUCAAUUAUACUGUAAGGAGCUGAUAUUAGAUUAAGAUUUCAGUUCACUUCGAUAUCCUAAAACAGGGGACUUGAUAUUCAGUUUCCCACCAUCACCCAUGAGGAAGAGGGUACUUAAAAUUACUGUAAAAAAAGAGAGGAUUUUUAACUACCCUCUUCCUAUAUGGACCCAUUUGAUCAUGUUUAGAAUUUUCUUUUUCUCCUAAGAUAGAGGAAUUUUUCAUGAAAUAAAAAAUUACUUCUAAAAACUUCAUCAAACAAUCUAAGAUGCAGUGUAUUUAUCGCACAGUAUCAGAUAUGAACCCACACCAAUUAUUCUCUCCCCGCCCCCCCC